GGUUCUUUCACACAGAGCAUAGACAUUAGAAGAUGUAUUUGUGAGGUUAAAGUCAUCAAAGACAGGCUGAAGUAAUAACAAAAUUAUCAUAUUUGAUAAUUCACACACAUAUUAGAUUUUGAAUAGAAAUGGACCUUUUUUCACCUGUAACUGUUAAACAGAGUCCAGUCGUUACCACUCCUGGUAAAAAUUUGACAGGAAGUCCAAGGAUAGCCAGAGAUACAGUGGCAGAUAUUCAUAAUUUUAUUCAGAAAUGGAAUACAUAUCAUAUAGAAGGAAUAAAAAUUGUGGAAGCUAUGGUUAAUUUGCUUCCAAGAGAUUUGAAAAGUUCAAACGAUGAUUUACUAGAUUCAAGCUUCAAUUUAUACAUUCUAGUAGAAAAGUGCUCUGAAGUUAUUGAAGCCCUUGAAUUAUUCCAUGAACGUAUCAAGGCUUUAACUAAUCUCAUGAGUGAAGAAGAAAUACUCUUCACUACUUUACACUUAGGGGAUAUGGUGAAGCAUGCAAGGACUAUUCAUGAAGCUUAUAUGAAAGAAUUAGCGAACAAAAGAUUAGUAUUAGAACACAUAUCAUUUGUGAAGUCUGUAAGUGAAGCUGUAUUUCUCAAGUGCCUUUGGAAGUAUCAAACAGAUGUUAAUAGAGACGUUAGAUUGGCUUUAGAAAUCCUUCUCGUAGAGACUGGCCAUAGAGCAAUAACCUGAUUAGUGAUGGUACCCAAGACGGGCAAUGGAUUUCUCAGAGUGAAGUGGAGUAAAUAUAUGUUCACUGAAAGAAGAUGUAAAGAGGAGCUUAAUUAGGUUUAGAAGUACUUGAUGCAAGUAAUCCCGAACAUCAUAUUUCGCCAUCUUUCUAUAUUUUUCUGUUUUUUUUAUGAGAGUUUACUUUUUUAAAACAAUGAAUAGAAAUUAGCGAUGUUGAA